CUGUCAGUGGACGAUGUUUACCAACUGGAUAUAUUUGAAUUUUUACGUUGCUUUAAUGCAGCAAAUAAUUUCGGCGAACUACCUUGUCACAGACCACAACCGCGUUUUAGCCGGUCAUUCUUUCAAGGAGCUAUACGCCACAAACUGGUUGAACUGUAUUCAGGCUUGUUAUGACGAACCAAAAUGUAUCUCGUACAACUACCAAAGAUUAGGGGCUGAAAAUGGUGUGUGUGAAUUGAAUGACAGUGGAUUUGAGGACUUGUGCGACAGAGAUGAGGUACUUAUCUACUCAUCCGGCUUUGUUUUUCAACAGAUAAGAAAAAUUAAGUUGUCCAAAGAUGAUUUGAAUGUCCAACACACUGGAUUAAGCGUUCCGGAGUCAAAGGAGUUAACUACAGCCACAACACGCACUAAGGAUAACACAGGACUCCUGACGCUAAAGCCCAUUAAUUUGGAUGAUUAAGUAGCACCUGGCCCUAUACUCCCAACAGAAUGAAAAGAAAAGCAAAAUAAUCACCUGAGUAAUUCAGUGAUAAUUCCAAUAUCACUUUGAAGUAGAGGAGCAUUUGCCAGCGUUGUAAAAUUUAGUGUUUCACAUAACCCGCGAGGAGGGCAUGUUUUCUGGCGGGCGAGUGACAAAUGUUCUGACUGAUUAUAUUGUUGACAGAGGCAGCCAUAGUGAGUUUGUAAGAUCGAGAAAAACCUGACGCGCUUCAAAGAGGUGUACA